UUCGAAUCCAAAGGAGUGGGGAACACAGCAAAAACCACGCAUCCUCUUCCCUCGAGACCAGACUCUCUAUCCUAAUAAUUGGCAUUGAUGCGGUCGCUAUUGGGGGAUUUGCAGAGGACGGUAGACAGGGCGGAGCCGCAGUAUACGACGGCCAAGACGUCAGUGUGGUGGGACAUAGAGAACUGCCAAGUGCCCAGGGGAUGCGACCCUUACGCCAUUGCGCAGAACAUAAGUUCAGCGUUGGUCAACAAGAAUUACUGCGGACCUGUUUCCAUCUCCGCCUAUGGUGACACCACCCGAAUCCCCACUUCUGUUCAACAAGCACUCUCCAGUACCGGCAUUGCCCUCAACCACGUCCCUGCUGGGGUUAAAUAUGCAAGUGACAAGAAGAUAUUAGUUGAUAUGUUGUUCUGGGCAGUGGACAAUCCUGCCCCAGCUAAUUAUUUACUAAUAUCGGGAGAUGGGGAUUUUUCAAAUGCGCUGCAUCAAUUAAGUAUGCGAAGGUAUAAUAUCCUUCUGGUACAACCUCUUAAAGCAUCUGUGGCUCUUGUUUCAGCAGCAAAGUGUGUCUGGGAUUGGAUGUCUCUUGUGUAUGGUGAAUUCCCUUUCAGAAGCAGGGAACAUUCUGCUGAUACCAAUGCUUCUCGCUAUGAAAUCAUGCGGACUUCAGUUAGUGGCAACAUUCCUAGGAAAAACCUUGCUUAUACCAAUGCCGGUAGUCUUUCAUUGGGAGGUCAGAAGUUCUCUAGUUCUGGAAGAAUUACUGAUAACUUUAAAAUGGUGUAUGUUCCAAAAAAGUUGAAUCAGCCCAACAUUACAAGACCAUCAAGUUUGCCUGUCAGGAAUCAGGAAAGUAAAGAUAGACAGGAUUCCCAUCAACCAGUCGCACUGGAAAAACUGUUCAAGACAGCUCCGCAUGAAUUCUUUCUCAAUUAUGUUGCUUCAAGUACAUCUACUCCUAAUUUGUUUCCUGGAAAUCUUGAUCCCUUAGCUAGCGAUUCCAGUGAUCAUAAGCCAAGUUUGUGUUAUCAGUUAAUACACCCUAAACCUGCUUUUGUCCCAGAUAAAUUGUUUUCAUCAAAUUCUCAUUCCAGUACAUCCCAAUCAGUUUCUUUAAGAUCAGAUGAUACUGCGGUUUCUACUCUACUGUUUGCAAAACGGACAGAAAUUGGCAGGCUUAGCAUAGCUGAUUAUCCCAAAAUUUUACAGAGCGAACCUACCGUGGACCAAUAUAAUAUAGAAUCUAGAAAUACAUCAUUGGCAUUGUUGAACCGCAAUAAUGUUCAUACGUACGAUUGUAAGCCCAUGAGCAAGUUGAUUUUCUGUGACAAUCAAAAUUUACUCUCUCUUCAUUCUGAUAAUCCUUUUCCUUCUCACUCCUCAGUGGAAGCCAAGAAUAUGCCUGGUAAUGGAGUUUGGGGAAGUCAAGGACUCCAGUCACCUUCUGAAGAUGUUCAAGGCUUUGUAGAUGUUGUCUUUCAUGCUUUGAAUACACUGAAAAUUGAGAAGAUUGUGCCUACAGAAGCAAACAUAAUUGAUUGCAUUUGUUAUGGUAAUCCGAAAUACCGCAAUACUGAUGUGAAAAUGGCUUUGAAUUAUGCACUUGAGCAACAACUGAUUAUCAAACAACAUUUGGGUGAGCUGGAGCUUUAUCUUCCUAGGAAUGAGAGACUAUGGUCGUGCGAGAACCCGCUUGGCUGUAAUAUUGAGAAGUACUCAGAAGCAACUUGGGUUGCAAUUCAGAAAUUCAUAACUUCCUCCACUGGGAGUAUGGCAAUGAUUGCAUCUGAAUGCAGGUACGAAGCAGCAUUACUUCUUAAAAAUUCAUGUUUAAAAGCAUUUUCUUUGGGAGAGGUAAUUCAGAUGUUGAACAUGAUAAUAACCAUGAAGAGAUGGAUCAGACAUGCACAUGUGGGAUGGCAACCUAUUACAAUUACUCUUGGAGAAGCCAACAAUGAUACUGAUAACGGUAUUUGAUUUGGUCAACUAGCUAUUGUGGUACCUGGGGCGAAAAAGGAUUAUCCAUGUAACAGGAAAGGAAAGUAUUAACCAAUGUAUUAGAAAUGGUACCUUGGGACAGAUGUAAAGCCAAAAUGUGACUCGGUCAUUGGUCUUUUGGCUACUUUUUCCAAACUUUUCAAUAUGAAGUGAUUCUCUAUAUUUUUCUCCUUUCA